AUGGUUCAUCAACACGGAGACCACCACCAAAUCCCCGCCAAGCACCGCAUCAACAAACCUGGUGCAUGGCUUCCCGCCGACCACCGCGUGCACAGAGAGUACAUGCGCCGGGUGACAAAACACGCUGACGAGAACCCCAAAGAGCUCAUCCCCGUCCUUCAAGAAUUCAAGGAAUUCAUCGAGAAGACACCCCGCGUGUACAUGUACUUCAUCCAGAUGUUUGAAGAGAUCCCCCAGAAGCAUCCCUACCAGAAUGAUCCUACGGGGACGCCGCAGCUGCGCGACUACAAGCACAUGCUGCAGGCGCUGAACCAUAUCUUUAGUACGGCUCCUGAGUGGACGGAUGCGGCGGAGAGUGUGGGCAUGGUCGGUGUGCCGCUUUGUGCCAUCUUUGAUUACCCUAUGGGAACGCCCAGUGGUUAUGCGGCUUUCUUGGAUCCUGAUGUGAACCGAAUGCUGAAGAAGGUCCUCAAUGAAUGGGGCAAGUAUCUUCAGACGCCUGACUCGGCAAAGGUCCUGGGAGAUCACAAGCAGGGCUGGUUUGGCCCGACAGGUCUUCACGACCUCGUCGAAGUUGCCAACAAGCCUCUGGGUUCGGAUAUGAAGUUCGAGGACAUGUUUGAGUGUGAUGCUUCAGCUCAAUACUAUGGCUUCAAGUCAUGGGACGACUUCUUCACUCGUAAGAUCCGCGACAGUGCUCGUCCGGUUGCAUCACCCGAUGACGAUCUCGUCAUCGCCAACUGCUGUGAAUCGCGCGUGUACAACAUCGAGCACGACGUUAAGCUCCGAGACCGGUUCUUCGCAAAGGGUCAGCCCUACUCUAUCCUCGAUAUGCUCGCUCACGACCCUCUCGCCGAGAAGUUUGCUGGCGGCACCAUCUACCAGGCCUUCCUCUCCGCUCUGUCCUACCACCGUUGGCACACUCCCGUUUCUGGAAAGAUCGUGCGUGCUUUCGUACAGGACGGUACGUACUUUAGUGAGCCUCUCUUCGAGGGUGUGGGAGAGCCUGGCUCGACGGAGAUUUCGGCAGCUGGAUUGUCGCAAAGCCAGGGAUACUUGAGUUCGUUGGCUACGAGAGCUAUCAUCAUUAUCGAAGCUGAUGAGCCGGCCAUUGGACUGCUGGCGUUUGUUGGUAUCGGUAUGGAUGAAGUGAGCACGUGUGAGAUUACGGUUAAGGAGGGUGACCAUGUCAAGAAGGGACAGGAGACAGGUAUGUUCCACUUCGGAGGCUCGACGCAUUGUGUUAUCUUCCGAAAGGGAGUCAAGGUUGAGGGUUUCCCCGAGGUUGGAAGAGAGGAGAAUGUGCCUGUGCGAAGCCAGCUGGCUGUUGUCAAGAAGUAA